AUGUCUUCCUACUUGGAGAAGCAGUCAGCCGCCUUCAAGGGCACGCUCGCAUCGGCAGCGUCCAAGCUCUCGAACCCGAUGAGCGUCAAGGCCGCGGCGCUCGCGCCCCCGUCGCCGUCGCCGUCUGCGGCCUCGGACGGCGCGACACCGACGCCGACGGCCAAGCGCAAGAGGGAAGCGCACCCCGAGGUGUACUCGCAGCCGCAGCUGACGGGCUACGGCGUCGACGUCAAGUCGCACAUGAAGUUUGCCGUCGACUUUCUCAAGGCCCGCGGCGCGUCCAAGUCGAUGAAGGACAUCAUCGACCACCUGAGCGUCCGCAACACUAGCGACGAGCACAAGCAGCAGCUCGCCGAGGGCCUGCGCGGCCACCCCCGCGUCGAGUGGCGGCCCGACACGAGCUUAAGCGAGCAGACGUGGCAGACCGGCACGUACAGCUACCGGGCCGUGGUCCCCGGCGUGACGGACGCCACGAGCCUGCUCGCCUUUUUGCAGCGCAAGACGGACGCCUCGAGCCUCGCCGUCCGCGACCUCAAGGACGGCUGGCCCGACUGCGAGGACACGCUUGCCCGCCUCGAGGCCGAGCACAAGAUCCUCGUCACCCGCACCAACCGCGAAAACUUUCCCCGCCACGUCUGGCUCGACGACGCCUCGCUGCACCACGACAUCCAGCCCGAGUUUCAGGCUCUGUGGCGUCGCGUCCAGAUUCCCAGCGUUGACGACAUGCACCGCAAGCUGACCAACGCUUCGCUCAAGCCCACGAGCGAGGACCCGCGCAAGAUUGCGGCGGCGGCCGGUAACAAGCCCAAAGCGCAGAAGAAGCGUGCCAGCAAGCGCGGCGGCAAGCAGACCAAUGUUCACAUGACGCACCUCUUGCAGGAUUAUAGCAACUUGCGACGCUGA